UAGAACCAUUCACUAUUCAUAAAUGCAGCAAGGCAAAACCGUUUGAUAUGGCGUGCGCUUAACCUAUACAAUUAUUUUAGAAAAUAAUUGAAUAAAACGGUUCAUUUAUUCACUUUACUAAUUAACUAAUUAAUGAGAAAAAUACAGUUACAUAUACUAUGUAUAUGCUUGAUUUUUGCUCAUAAAACUAAAAGCAACCUACCGGUUUCGAAGAUUGUAAUUAAGGCACCAAACCACCUGUGAACGGAAUAAGUCCGUGCACGCUAUUUACAAAUAAACAACAUUAUAAAGAAGAGAAUCCAAGUCCCUCUUGCACACAAUUUAUUUUGUAUUAAAAAACUAAAUGUAGUCGAAGCAUGCGCACAAACUGGUAGAAUCAGGUACAUAUGUCCGACUAGUACAACCACGACUAGAACAGGAUGGAGUGAAAACAGGUACGACAUCCCUGCCGAAUGUCAAAAUUCCUUAAUAUUCUUCGUGGAGUUAAUAGGUAGCGACAAUCGCCUGUAAGUAUGGUAGAAGCAACAAUAAAUACCGCAAAACCAAAGGUUAAAGUCACGAAUGAAAGACCCCGUGAAAAACCAAAAUCGAUUUAUUCAUGGACUGUGAACGACGUGCAGAAGUGGUUACGCAGACACUGUGAAGAUCUGUUUCAGCAAUACAAUUACCUCUUUCUUAAGAAUCAUAUAACCGGCAGAACAUUGCUGAGAAUCAAUGACAAUUCACUCUUAAGAUUAGGUGUAAAAGAGCAGAACCAUCGAGGUGCAAUGCAGGAGAUUGUGAAGCUUAAACUCAAAACUGACAUCAUGGAAAUCCGUGAUUUACAAUACAAAACAAGAAUGUGCAACAUCUUGAUUUGAACUCAUUAAUUUAGGCCUUAAUAGUGUUGUGAUUAUUAAUUAAUAGACAUUAACAAUAAAUUUUUAACAAAA